CACAAAGUCAUAGCUUCCUGUCCGCACUUCCUGCCACAUACCGAGCUGAAGUUUUUAGCUCGCUGUUGCGCACAUGUCGACCUAAAUGCAGAAAACGGCUUUUAUUUAUGCCUCCGAUGCUCCACUCGGCGCACAAAACCCGACUCGAAUGCUUUGCUGAUCCAAGUCAUCAUCAUCUCCAUUCACCAUCAAGUCUGUGUGCAGAAACUCGCUUUCUCGGAUGCCUGUAGCUAGUAACACCUCCUUGAGCUCAACUAUAACGACAGAGGCGACUCCAUCCCUCACCUCCUCGGACGCUGUCGUCUACGACGAGUAUGACAUCAAUGACCCUCCUCCUCGUCCUGGACCGUCCUGGACACGUUUUAUCUGCGUCUCUGAUACUCAUUCGCACAUCUAUCCGGUGCCGCCUGGUGAUGUCCUUUUGCAUGCGGGAGACCUGAGUAGACGGGGCAAGUUCAGGCAUCUGCGAGUCACGAUCGAGUGGCUUAAAAGCUUGCCUCAUCCUGUCAAGAUAAUGAUCGCGGGAAAUCAUGAUCUCUGCUUGGACAAUGAUUGGAGAGAGGGCGGUUUGUUGGCUAGUGCCGUAGGCGAGCGUAUACGUAUAAAGGACACUGUCGCGGCACAGACGCUUGUUCGGAGCGAAGAGCUCCGUCAAGCGGGAAUCUACUAUCUAGAGUUUGAAUCAGUCGGCGUUACGACACCAAAUGGGAGGACAUGGAGUGUAUAUGGUUCGCCGGCCGCCCCGCGCUAUGCAUUGGGCGCAUUCCAAUACGAGUAUGGGGAGGGCGCAGAAGUCUAUGCGCGAAUCCCGCCCAGCACCGAGAUCCUCCUCACGCAUACACCGCCCUUUGGCUUAUGUGAUCGGACAAGGAAGGGCAAGAUCGCCGGAUGCAAGGACCUCGCCGCGCGCCUGCAGAGCUCAGAUCUCCAGCGGUGUCGCCUGCACGUGUUCGGACAUAUUCAUGAAUCUCAUGGCGCUGUUUUGUCUGGUGGAGAGGCGGGUAUGCCGAGUCGAGUAAGUGUGAAUGCGGCCCUGGCGUAUGGCGGUGAGGCUAUCAUUGUAGAUUUGAAGAAUUAAUACUUUUCGGACAUUUGGACGUGAUUCAUCCAGUACGAUAGCACUUCACGAGCAAUCUAAUUGUCAAUUGAGUAGGAAGAGAAAGUAACAACCAUUUGAAUGUCUGCAGAUAUGCAUCAAUGAAAUAUAAC